AUGGGUUUACAGGUCAGAUUAUAAGAUAAGAGAGAGCCGGAAAUGAGCGAUUGAUCAGGAAUUGGCCUCUCUCCGAAAUGCCCCGAAACAGCCGAGAAGCGAGCACAGGAGAGCAAAGGCGGCGGUUGACAAUUUUACGAACAAGUACGACCCAAGUGAUAUCUUCAACAUGGACGAAACCGGUCUCUUCUACGCUAUGCGUCCGUCUACGGGCCUUGCUCGGAACGGUCGAAAUGGUGUCAAGAUGAAUAAGACUCGCAUCAUUGCGAGACAUGAGGCGUGGAACGACAUCCGCCCCGAGACGAUUGCCAACUGCUGGCGCCACACUCAAAUCUUGUCUGAUCGCAAGAACAAAGGAUCGACCGACCAUACACCUCUUCCCAACGGUCGCGGGCCUCUCAAUGGCGAUCGCGGCAUCAUCAACGUGAUGAACGCUCUGAAGACGGCGAACGAUGAGCUGGUCGAAAAGGGCAUAGUUACGAGCAACGAGAAGAAAGCCCGGGAUCUCGAGCUUCGCAGCAAGGGCCGAAAAGUGCAACUCUGGCUCGAUAACUUCUCGGGACACACGAGGGAUGUUGACUCCAUCACCAACAUCGAAGUUCAUUACUUUGCGCCCAAUAUGA